CCUUUCCGUCAAAAUGAAAGUGAAAGCUUGUUUCUAUGUCAGCAGCCUUGAGCAUAGAAGGUCACAGCAGGACACGAGGCGGCUCUUGGAUCUUACAAACUGCUUUUAUUUGAUGUUUAGCUGUGGAACAACAACAACCCACGUUGAAGGUGGCAUACAUCCAGAAGACCGGAUCUGCCAGGUUCCAAGAUGCAGGAAGCGGAGAAGGACUCCAUUGUCUGUCUGGACGAUGGAGAUUUACCAGACGAUUUGUCGGAGUUCAUGAACGACAGCUACCUGGUGACUACAGUUGACACAGGCAGCCUCUUCGGUGACGACCACCUGUUGACUUUGGACGAAGAGCUCAACAACCACAGUGACACUCAUGUGCCAACGCAGGGAAGGAGUAACCAGGAGGCGGGGCUAAUCAAACCAAUUAGAGAGAAUGGUUGCUGUAAAAGACCAGGAGCUUCACAAUGCAAAGCAGCAAACAAGAAACCCAGAGCAGAAAAUGAAGGCCCUGAUCCAGGACUGAUGCCGAGUCAAGGAGACCCGACAAGUCUUUCCACACCCCCAACAAGUGGUCUUCCUCUCAGUUUCCCAGUCCCGUUUUUUACAUUCCCAGACGUGACGACUUAUCCAGUUCUCAGGCUUCCGCUCCCUGGUGUUGCCGCGCCAACAUGCAUACUAGUACCUUCUUCAUGUCAACGGCAGCCACCACCCUGCAGCCCAGAGGGGGGUCCUGGUGACGAAUCAACCAAAGUUCAACCGUCUCCUCCUACGAUAGAUGUUCCACAAUCCUCAGAGAACAUUAAAAGCUACAUUCAGAUGGCCAAAGCCCACAUGAAUCGAACCUGUGAGGAGAUGGAGGCGGGGCUACGUUUGACCUCUCAUUACGUGGACGUCCACGUGUUCCAGAGGGAGAGGUUUGGCUCUCGUAAAAACAUGACAAAGUGCAUAAACAAACAGCUGAAGGCCAUCGGAGAUAUUGACAGACAAAAGCGAUUGCUCAAAUUGAGUGAGAUAUUUGAGAACUCCAGUGGAGAAAAGCCCAAGCGGUACAUAGUGCUGCUGGGCAAUGCCGGCAUGGGGAAAACAACCCUGAUCAAGAAGCUAUGUCAAGACUGGUCCAGAGACCGCCUCCCACAAUUUGAAUUUCUUUUUUUGCUAAGUGGCAAAGCUGUCACUUUACCAGAACCUUCCUUCAGUCUUCAGACCCUCCUUCUCGACAUCACCACCCCUGUCCCUGCUGGCAUCGACACCAAGGAAGUGUACACUCAAAUUCUUGCAUCGCCCAAGCGUGUGCUCAUCGUUUUUGAUGGAUUUGAUGAACUUCGGGACUAUGACAUUCUAUUUCAAGGCCAAGAAAAGGACUACACUGUAUUAGAGAAAGACAUUAAAGCAAAGUCCUGUACGAUUCGCCAGCUCUACGCCGCCAUCCUUCAAAGGAUCCUUCUUCCAGGCUGCACUAUUUUGCUUUCUGCCAGACCGAAUGGCACCGCUUACCAAAUAGUGCGACAGUUGGACAGUCUUUUGGAGAUUAGUGGCUUUACCCUUAGUUGUAUAGAGAACUAUUUCUUCAAGUACUUUUUGGAAUCUAAUCUCAGAGAAUACGCUAUCAAGUGCUUAGAAGAAUCUAGCUACCUCCAUCAACUGUGUUGGAAUCCUGGACUUUGUCGACUAGUGUGCUUGGUUUUGGAACACUCCAACGCUUCACAGGUCCUUCCGAGAACUUUAACUGAGCUCUGCCAUCAAGUAUUUUGUAUUAAAAUGGAAAGUGAUAACUGGGACUCAAGUACUCAGGACAAGGAUCAAACUCAGGUACUACAACAGUCUACAGGAGAAGACCUGAUACAAAUCUCAAGCAAAGCUGAGUUGAUGAAAAGAACAAGAGGGAGAAAGGCAAAAUGGGACAAAGAAACUGAUUAUAGGACAGUUGGUGGACGAGAGGAAAGAGUGUUGCUUUCCCAAAUAAGUUAUUGGGCCUUGGAAGGAGUCAAGUCCAGCUCUUCUGUCCUACCCGCGAAAGUAUGUUCGCGACUGAAGACAUUUGGGCUCAGGUGUGGAAUUUUCCUUUCUUACCAAGUGAGAGCAAGACCAGCCUUCUCAAGUAGCGAGACGGAAGAAGGAGUCGGAGCAGAGGAAGAAGAGGCAAAAGGAAGGAGAAAUCAACAACAUGUGGACUUAAGAAAGAAGGACUUGAGUAAUAACCACAUCUUGCUUUGGGCUAACCCCUUUCUACAGUGUUACCUGGCAGGAGUCCAUAUGUCCCUUUCAAGAAAUUGCGAAUACAAUUACUUCAUCCGGAACAUCCUCUUUACGUCCGGCCCAAAGAGACGUCGGCGUGUCCAAAGAGAGGUGCAAGAGCUGACUCGGCGGUUUGUGGUUGGCAUAGCAUUCCUUCCCAGAACCCAGCAUCGCAGGCUUCAUCUUGACAUUAACCCCAAAAAGCUGGACUUAGUAACCAACUAUCUAGGGGGUUUCCCCUUUGCUGACCUGGCGCCAGGACAAAUUCUGGAGGCAUGCCACUAUGUUUUUGAGUCAGUGUUCUCACAGAGCAACAAGAGCAGUGACAAUGGAGCGGCUCGGCUCGUCGGUCACCUGGUAGCAAACCUUCCUGAAGCCCUAACAUUUCACAGCGUUCAACUCGGUCCGCCAGAUGUGUAUACCGUGCAGAAGAUUCUUGAAAAGACUGAGCAUCGGCGUAAACGUUUUUCUUUAGAUCUACAGAACACUGGGGUUCAGACCUCAGGAAUCAGGUCUCUAGUGGGUCUGGGCUGCUGCAGCACAUACAGGGCAUGCAUAGCUGAUGUCAUUGCCCUAUGGGAGCAGUUGGAGCAGAGUGGUGAAAGGGGGCUCCUAAAAGAGAUGGUGUCCAAGUUCCAGAUCCACCCUCUCAAAGUCAUGCAAGUGUGUCAAAUAGGCCACUUGGCAAAGCUUGUGAACAUACAUAUAAACAAGAGGCUGUCAGACUGUCUCAAAGACCCUGAUCCCAUCCUGGAAGGAGGAGUUCCAGCCAUCAAGGGAUUACACAAACUAGAGUUUGAGCUUGGUCCGGAGCGUGGGCCCCUGGCUAUCCCCAAGCUUUGGGAGUUCUUGCCAAACUUGCAGGAUCUCCAGCACCUCGAUUUAGAGGACAACAAGAUUGGAGACGAAGGAGCUGAGAAGUUGGCUGACACAUUAGCCUCCCUCUCCUUUCUGGAGAUACUCAAUCUGUCCCAGAACUAUAUCGGAGACAAGGGGGUUAGAAAACUGGUGACCACACUAAAGGAUCUACCCAACCUGCACUGUUUAAUCCUUUAUAGCAAUGUGAUUUCUGACCAAGGAGCCUCCAGUUUAUCCACGGUCCUCCCUCACCUGGCUUCCCUGACUGACCUCGAUGUAAAGUACAACAAGCUGUCAGAUGUUGGUGUGGAGUGUUUGGCAGUGAAACUAAGGGAGUGUAAACAAAUGAAGACUUUAAGGAUGUGGAACCAGAGUAUUCCGUGCGGAGUCUUUGAGCGACUUCAGCAACACGACUCCAGGAUACUUUGGCAGUAAAGGUCCUCGCACAUUUGCCUUUCUUUUGCACAUCAAACCAAUAUUUGUGUGUACAAAUACUACGGUUGGUACACACUGAAAUACAUUUGCACUAACAAGGAAAUACUACAUUUGUUCAUAUUGUCAACACAUUUCUUCAAUUAUUUUACUACAUGGUUCUGUAUUUAUUAUCAUUAAAAAAAGACUUCCUUCAUAUUAAUAUAUGUAUUACUUUGGAGUUACUUUUGUUUAGCACUUUGGAGAAUCAAUUAAGUACUUUAGGUCAUUUAUUCGUAGCUUAUGUUUACCUUUGCCACUUGAAUUAAAGUUAAAACAUGUCCUUUAUGCGGUUUGUCUUCAAUAAAACUCCUAUUCUUACAGUAAUAAUGGCACAACUUCAAAGUAUGCCCAGCAGAGGUCGUCCUUUGUUGCUGCUAAGUGCGACAGUCCACUUGUUUUGAGGGUGCAGCAGCACCCCCUUGUGGACACAGCCUGGCACGGCAGCCGCAGCAAGGGAAGGCGGCUGCUGCACCCACAAGCACAGAACUGGUCUUUUCAAGGUGACCUUGACACACCCUUCUUGGUGUCACACCCACGUUGGCUUUUGUCCUGCAGCUAACCACACAUUUCAAAUCAAAUGUACAAGUUGUCAUGGCUCGGAGAACAAAAUGCAGCUCAGAAAGGUUCAUUCCAGUUGGCAUAAAUUCCAUACAUAGUACCGAAAAUAUUG